AAAAGUGUAAACAAAUAAUUGUAUAAUGCUUAAAGCACUCAAGCCGGACACAUUCGCUGGCGUUGCGAAUGCCAAGUGCGGUGAGGUGUAUUUCCAGAGCUUAAACAGUUAUCGCAUUGACUGCGCCUUCUGUGAAAUUAAGAGUUUCGUGUUUGCCGAUUUUCUGCUGCACAUACAGAACGAGCACUUUGAGAAUGAGCUGCUCAAGACAGAGACACUGCAGCCGAAGCAGGAGCAGUCGAUGACACAACAAGUCAAUGUCAGUUCCUGGCAUGAAGUCAACAAUGGAGCCGACCACAGUGAGAAUGAAUUUAAUGCUGACACUAAACCGGACAACGAUACUGGUGAGGAUGAGGAUCACGAUGAGGAUGAUGAGGUUGUGGAUCCAGUUGAUGUGUCCAGCAGUGCCAUAGCUAUCAUGAAAUGGGACAACGGCAGGGAGUCAGUGCGUCACACGCGCGCCUUGAAAGUCGACUACAAUGAGGAGUCCGAUAUGGAGCACACAGAUUCGGAGCAGAGUAAAUCACUUAAGGUCAAGAAGGAGCAGCUGGCCUGCACGCACUGUGACAAAAGCUAUCAAAGCAAAAAGUUGCUAAAGCGUCACAUGGAACGACAGCACAGAUUUGACGUGGAUUCAGUCUCAGAUUUCAACGGUGAGGCUGAUAUAGAAGUAGAUGUAGAUAUAGACGUGGACGAGGACUACGUGCCUCCCAAAGUGCACAGUUCGAAGCCCUCCAGCGAAUACAAAUGCGAGCACUGCGACAAAGUCUAUCAGGGCAAAUACACGCUGCGACAACAUAUGAAACGGGAUCAUGAUCAUGCCAACCUGACCGAACCCGAAUCCUUCAUCUGCGUGGAGUGCAAUGCACAAUUGCCACGACUGCGACUUCUCGACGAGCACAUGCUGAAGGUGCACGGCGGUGCGGCAUGUGUGAUCUGUGGCCGAAGGUACAAGACACGCCACGACCUGAAGCGUCAUCAGUUGCUGCACUCGAAUGAGCGUAAUGUGGCAUGCAAUUAUCCGGGAUGCGAGAAGCGUUUCUUUACCAUCCACCACUUGCGCAAUCACAGCAAAGUCCACUCCGAGCAGAAGAACUUUGUAUGCGAAAGCUGUGGCUACAGUUGUCGCAACAAGGAAACAUUACGUGUCCAUUUGCGGAGUCACACCGGCGAGCGACCAUUUGGCUGCAAGGUGUGCGACAAGCAUUUCCCCUCCCAUUCCGGACUGCGGGAGCACAUGGCCAUGCACUCGACGGAACGGCCGCAUGUCUGCAAGGUGUGCGGUGCAACAUUCUCCCGCCAAAAGGGACUCUAUCAUCACAAGUUCCUGCACACGGCCACCAAGCAAUUUGUGUGCAAAUUGUGUGGCAAUGCCUAUGCACAGGCAGCUGGUCUGGCUGGACACAUGCGCAAGCAUCGCAAUGAUGAGCUCAACCUGUCACAUUUCUAAUCGCUCCAAUAUGUUUGAAAUUCUCUUCUGUUAUUUGUUAUGGUUUUAUGUUUACGAACUCAGGCAUAGGUUAGGCUCAUUCAUUUUUCUACUGUUUUAACUUUAAACACACAACUACACAAAUGUGUAUAAUGUAUUCUAAGCUAUUAAACGUCUUACCACAUACAUUUUUUUUAAA